UCUCUCCGAUCUUGUCGCUCCGCAACAGCGAUCGAUCUCUCACACUCUUCUUUGAGAAGCCGUAAGAAUGCCUCAGAUGCUUCUCUCUAGGAAGGCUGCGUGCAACACCCAUGGACAGGACUCCUCUUACUUCCUGGGGUGGCAGGAGUACGAGAAGAACCCGUAUGAUCCACGGACAAACCCCACCGGCAUCAUUCAGAUGGGUCUUGCAGAGAACCAGCUCUCUUUCGAUCUCAUCGAGUCGUGGCUGGAGCGCCACCCCGACGCCGCGGGGCUCAGGCGAGACGGCGCUCUCGUCUUCCGGGAGCUGGCUCUUUUCCAGGGCUAUCAUGGCCUGCCUGCUUUCAAGAAAGCUCUGGCAGAUUUCAUGGGAGAGUUAAGAGGAGACAAGGUCAAGUUCGAACCGCACAAGCUCGUCCUCACCGCAGGCUCCACUUCUGCUAACGAGACUCUGAUGUUCUGCUUGGCGGAGCCUGGUGAAGCGUUUCUUCUCCCCACUCCAUACUAUCCAGGGUUUGACAGGGAUCUUAAAUGGCGAACCGGCGCGGAGAUCGUUCCCAUCCACUGUUCGAGCUCCAAUGGCUUCCGGGUCACCAAGGCCGCCCUCGAAAAAGCCUAUCAAGGAGCGCGAAAGCGUCAUCUGAGGGUGAAAGGAGUUCUGGUCACCAAUCCUUCCAAUCCAUUGGGCACGACGAUGACUCGGUGCGAGCUCGACACCCUCAUCGAAUUCGUCGUCGCCAAGGACAUCCAUCUUAUCAGCGACGAGAUCUACUCCGGGACCAGCUUCGACGCGCCCGGGUUCGUCAGCGUCAUGGAGGCCAUCGAGGGCAGACAACACGUCUCGCAUCGUAUUCACGUCGUGUACAGCCUCUCCAAGGAUCUCGGCCUCCCUGGCUUCCGGGUGGGUGCAAUCUACUCCAACAACGAGGCAGUAGUGGCCGCCGCUACCAAGAUGUCGAGCUUUGGACUCGUCUCCUCCCAGACUCAGUACCUCCUCUCGGUUCUGCUCUCCGACAAGGAGUUCACCAGAAACUACAUUGCGGAGAACCAGAAGAGGAUCAAGGAGCGGCACGACCGGCUCGUCCAAGGGCUCCGGAGAAGCGGCAUCAGCUGCCUGCAGAGCAACGCAGGUCUGUUCUGCUGGGUGGACAUGAGGCACCUGCUGAACUCCAACACGUUCGAAGGAGAGAUGGAGCUGUGGAAGAAGAUCGUGUACCAAGUGGGGCUCAACAUCUCGCCGGGCUCCUCCUGCCACUCCGACGAGCCCGGGUGGUUCCGCGUCUGCUUCGCCAACAUGUCGGCGGCCACGCUCGACCUCUCGAUGCAACGGCUGCAGGAUUUCGUGGCCUCCCGCGGAGGCCCCAAUGACGGCGCCUCCGGGCCCCGGCGGCAAAGGAAGAAGCCAAGCUUGGGCAAGUGGAUCCUUACUCUGUCGUCCUCAGAUCGCAUCUCAGACAGAGGAUGUUAGCUAGCUAGUGUGAAUUAUACCCCCACAAAUCUCCCUGUUUUUUAUGGGUGUUUGUUCUUCUUAUGAGAAGACAGUACAUUAUCUUGUAUUUUUUCUCUUGGGGCUCGAAUUAUGUCUCGAAGUGCCCAACUUUUCAUGUAGAGGAGGAGUUGUGUUGACUCCCCGACGUUGAA